AUGCCCCGCCCGGCAGUUGCAUUUUCAUCCAAUGCUUGCCAGGUGUCCGAAUCGUCCUUGAUCAGAGUUGAGUACGAUGAAUGCGUGGAGGUGUGCGGGGUUGGCCGGUGGCAUCCCAUUCUGCCGAGCGAGAGUCGCGAAAUCCUCCGCCAGAGAGACGCUAACAUCAAAGAUUUCCAAGUGACAACAAGGGGAGUGGCAUACCAGAUCAACUUGGAAAGCAUGUUGCGAACCGAGUGCCACUCUGGCAAAAGUUGGGCCAUCCGCUUCGCUGACAUUGAGCAUGUGGAAGUUCCCGCUGGUGGAGGAAUUGAACGUUUCCGACGUGCAUUUUUGCGAAUGGUGCAUGCUGACAAGUGGUAUGAACCCUAUUCUUCCGCGCCGUAUCUUACCCAAGAUUUGUUAUUCCAACAUUGGCCUGGCAACGUGGAGGACGAACAAUUGCUGCACACAACUGUCGAGGAGGUUUUCCAGGGGAUGACCAUGACGAACCUCAGGUAUGUGAACAUGGCAGAAUGGCUCCACUAUUGGAUGCUCCUUCAGGAUGAUCCUGCUAGCACAGCAGUGGCCAGCACAAAUGGCCGGCUGCAGUUGCUUUUGCAAUACGACCCAAAGGUCUUGGAGAGAUUGCAAUUGCUCUUUGAAGCUGCCGCGGAGCCUUCUCCGGCUACAGGUCAGCUGUCCAUGUCACAUCAAACCUUGCUUCAGGUGUGCCAAUCGCUCGUGCUGCAGCCAGAUCCGUUGCUAGAGCAGGAAUUCGCAAAGGAGGCUUUGGAACGACAUGUGAACGGCAACUGUGUGUUUGAAGAAGAUGACCAACUUCUUUACCACGAUUUCUUGAGCAUCAUGCUGGGGCGACAGCGGCAUAGAGUUUAUUUAUGGAUGUACGACAUCAGCUAUGGAAAGGCAAAAUCUUGGUCCUGGCUAUUGGGCAGGCACUUCACGGCAUUUUGGCACACCGCAGUUGUGGUGGAAUUCGCGGAGUCUCCUAUGGAAUUCUGGUACGGGGGAAAGCUGUUUGUCUCAGAUGCUGGCACUACUCCGUUUGGCGACCCUGUGGAGAAGAGAUUCAUGGGCUAUUCAUACAAGAGCAAGGAGGAGGUGGUGGAUUAUAUCAGUCGAUGUUUAGGCCCGGACUUCCACAAGGGCAACUAUGAUUCGUUCACGCACAACUGUAAUCACUUCAGUGACAAACUGCUGAUGCACCUCACCAACGAGCAUGUUCCAAGCGAGAUCCUGAACCAACCUGAGCUUAUCAUGAACUCCACUGCCAUCCUGCAACUUUUGCGGCCCUUCCUCAACAGGUGGUUGGGCAACGUCCAACUGGGCGAUGAGCUCCAAGCAAACUCUGCCGAGGAACGAGAAAGCGAAUGUCUCUUGGGGCCGCUGGCCUUGGUUUCCUUUGUUCGCAGAGAUGGUGGCCUUGAGAUUCAAGGUCGGGUGGAGUCGCUCGAAGAUGACUACUGCGUGAUCAAGAGUUUGGACUUUUGGCGUUCAUGCCCAGUGCUGCGACGGCUGAAGAAAUCGCAGAUCACCUGUGUACUGGAGCGAGGCCUGCAGAGGGCACGCUCGAUUCGUCGUGGCCUUCCUGCGCGAGGAAACGUGAAUGGGAAGGCAUGCUGCUGGUUUCCAAGUUUGUUGACCUCAUUGGAGCCAACUAUGGUUGCGAAGCCGAGCGCUUUGAGCUUCCGCAGCGUGGAGGAUGGUCCGGUGGAGGCUGCGAAGGACUUUGCCGAGUCUCUUGAGAAGCAACUGGAAGAGGUUAGAAGUGCUGCGCGAGAGACCCUGGUUGAUGCAAAAGUGGAGAGCACUGCUUCAGGCGCUGAUGUGGUUUCAGAGGACCAACCACAAGUCGAGGAGUCAGAGGCGGUUAAGAAGCUAGAGGUUGUGGCUGAGAAGAUCAUUGAAGACGAGAAGACCUUACGCUUUAUCGCAGCGCCGAUCCUCGUGCGGGAGAACAAUAAGGAGACAAUGCUGCCACCUGUGAAACAGGUGCAAGAGCUUGUGUCCCCUGACCUUUUCUUCAUCUCGUCAGAGACUACCUUUGAACGUGUGUUUAUCUUUGAAGGGCAGGUUGCCGAGGAUGUCGCCCCUGCGGACGCACUAUCAGCCAUGCAACAGCGUUUGGUUUCAUCCGGACUGGACUCUGUUGAGUUAUUCUUGCAGCGAUGCAUUGAGCCCUCCAAGAGUGCGCUGCUGGUGAUGCUAAAGGAAGACAUGCCGAACAACGAAUUUGCUUGGUGGCAAUGGCUCCUUUGUGGUCUGGCCUUCUUGGCCACACUGAUAUCCAUAAACAUUGAUGCCUUCAGCGUAUCCACGGUGGCGUUGGAGCAAAUAAACGCGCUGGACCUGGAUGAGUUGAUGAAACUGGCAAACCUGACCCUUCCAACGGCAGCAUCAAUCCUGUCCACGGUGGUGGCCAUGGAGGUCGCACGUCGAGCAGCGGCUGCAAAGUAUGGAGUGGAUCUGACUCCCCCAGUGUUUGUGCCUGUGUGGCCCUUUGUAUCUGUGGGCUGUUUCGGUGCCAUAACCCGGCAGCAAUCGAUUGUGCCCAAUGAGGAUGCCAAUCUCUCCAUGUCCGUGUCCGCAGGCCUUGCAGGCUAUGCAGUCUCGUUCUUCUUGCUCCUCCUGGGCCUGGCGCUAGGAUCUGACCAGGAGCAACAAAUUAGCUUGAACUACCAGAUCUUGCCUCUUGUCCUUAAGAUCCUCAUGCGACCGCUGCUGGGCGAGCCGUCUGCUACAGAGCAGCCCGACCCAUUUAGCGAUCCGGUGAACGUUGCAUUUCCAGCCAAUCCAAUCCUCAUUGGAGGCACUCUUGGUGUUGUCAUCACCUCCUUGAACAUGCUUGCCUUGGGCCGACUGGACGGUGCAGUGCUUGCCCGGACUUUGAGGGGCUCCGGCACCUUUGCUGGCUUGAUCAGCUGCUCCCUUUUGAUCAGCGGGAGCUUGGACAAUUCCACCAGUUUGUUGUAUGCGACCUUUGCGUUUUAUGCAAUCGUCCUGCAGGGCGGAUACAACUGUCCUGCAAGGGAUUCGCUUACUGAACCGGACCCAAACUUGCGCAACCUCGCCAUUCUGUUGCUGGUACUUGGCAUCCUGCUAUCUAUCCCAGGAUCAUUGAUUCCUGGUUUCUAA